AUGUCUAGCAACGAGGAAACACAGAAUAUACCCCAAGUAUACACCAGCACGGUAAAAGUAAAUCGUGGUAAAGAUAUUUCUGCAGCAAGAAAAUCAUUUGAAGAAGAGAAAAAAGAGAAGAAAACGCCGGCAAGAAAGCGAAAACGCGAAUGUGGACGACCCACAAACGACCAGCAACUUAUCAGAAUGGACGACGAAUUCAACGAUAUGAUCGCUUUGCAAUUGACACGUCGGCAACUUACGCUACCCGAUACGCGAGGCAAAUGCAAAAAGUCUAGGAAGAUUUUGACAAAAAUACCCGAAGAUAUCGUGGUGAAUACAACUCGCGAAUAUCAAACAUACGAGCUGUUCGCCGACGUACGUACGGAAGCGUUGAAAAUUAUCCAGGAAAAACCCGAACUUUUGGAAAAAAUCAACGCUGCCGAAUAUGUAUUACAUACAUUAUCUAAAAAACAAAAUAGUGACUCUAGUUCAUAA